AUGAUUGUAGAUAAUGGUUCAGAUCAAUCUGUCAAUGAUAAUGGAGAGAGAGCAGUAUACAUGAAUAAGAAUAUGACUACUGGGAUAGAGCAAUCUAUAGGAGAUGAUAGAGAAAGAGAUAUAA